GUCCUUUUCAUUCCCUGAAACUGUCAAUAACGAGUAAAUAGUUUGGCCGAACUAGAACCAAGUUGGGAAACCUCCUUCUUCGCCCUACCCCCUCCCCUCCCCUGGUUUGUGCCCGUAACUUUCUCGUGGAUCAGCUUCAUUCCCAAUCCAUCUUUUCCUUCUUUUCAUCCUCCUCUCCAUCAUCGUUGCAUGAAUUGAUCCAUCCUCUCCCCGAGUCCUUGUAGCGUCUUGACUCCCCUUGAAGGACCCGGUUGUCUUCAAUUUGUUGUUCAAGUCUCCGCUUCUCUUCUUGAACCGGUUCGUCCAAACACAGACCGACUUUAAGUCAGCUCCGCCAGUCACCGACCGGGGACAUGUCAUCCACACCCACUUUUAAAGGAACCGUCAACCACAAAACAGUCGGCAGAGGCAGGCUGCCCGACUUUGACAGUCACAUUCCUCGUCCUCGUCCGGACACUUCCUCCACUGUACACACCCCGCAGACCGCGUCCAGCGACAUUGGAAGCAACACCAUGAGUGCCGCCAGCAGUAGACAGCGUCAAAAUCAGUCCAAGCGCGAUGAGGCGAUUCGGCGAAAACUGGAGGCCGACCUCAACAAGAAGCGCCAACACACGACCAGAGCAAACCGCUCUCGCAAAGCUCCUCCCGGCACCGUUCUUGCCUUGAAACCCAGUCAAGCCCUGCAGAUCAAGCCCAACACUACCAUUGCCGAAGCCGCCCAAUUGAUGGCCGCUAAGAGAGAGGACUGUGUACUGGUAACCGAUGACGAUGACCGCAUCUCUGGUAUUUUCACCGCGAAGGAUCUCGCCUUCCGCGUGGUCGGAGCAGGCCACAAGGCGCGUGAAGUCACGGUGGCUGAGAUCAUGACCAAGAACCCUCUUUGCGCCCGGACCGACACAAGCGCCACCGAUGCCCUUGAUCUGAUGGUGCGGAAGGGUUUCCGCCAUCUCCCCGUCAUGGACGAAAAUCAGGACAUCUCGGGUGUACUUGAUAUCACGAAAUGUUUCUACGAUGCGAUGGAGAAACUGGAGCGUGCAUACAGCUCUUCCCGCAAACUCUACGAUGCCUUGGAAGGUGUCCAGACCGAACUCGGCUCCAGCCAGCCCCAGCAGAUCAUUCAGUAUGUCGAAGCCUUGCGGCAUAAGAUGUCUGGUCCGACACUCGAAUCUGUUCUGGACGGCAUGCCCCCGACCACCGUUUCCGUCCGCACAACCGUCAAGGAAGCGGCUGCUCUGAUGAAGGAGCACCACACCACUGCCCUUCUUGUACAAGACCAGGGCUCCAUUACGGGUAUCUUCACCAGCAAGGAUAUUGUACUGCGUGUCAUUGCCCCGGGCCUCGACCCCGCCACUUGCAGCGUCGUUCGCGUUAUGACCCCCCACCCCGACUUUGCCCCCAGCGACAUGAGCAUCCAAGCUGCGCUCCGGAAAAUGCACGACGGACACUAUUUGAAUCUGCCCGUGAUGAAUGAUGCGGGAGAGAUUGUGGGUAUGGUGGACGUGCUCAAGCUGACAUAUGCUACCCUAGAACAGAUCAAUACCAUGUCGUCGCAGGACGAUGAGGGUCCCGCAUGGAACAAGUUCUGGUUGUCGAUGGACCACGAGUCGGACUCCAUGGUCUCAGGAAGCCAGCAGCCCGCUCAGCGGUCAGUCAUCAGCCCCGAAUCUCCCAAGGCUAGUUAUGACGCUCGAGACAGUGUUCUCCCCAAUGAAUCUGCUUCUCACCACGGUGGGGAUGAGCACUCGGAGUACGCUGAGCCUCACCAUGCGGACCACAUCUCGUUCCCAUUCAAAUUUAAGGCUCCUAGCGGACGUGUGCACCGUGUCAAUGUGCUGCCUGCGGCCGGAGUUGCUGAGCUGGUAGCUCAAGUCACGAGCAAGUUGGGUCCCGAGGUGGAGGCCGUAGGCGGCGCUCCGAUCAGCGAGGACGGAAAGCUCAGCAACACGGGCUAUGCCCUCAGCUAUAUGGACAACGAAGGCGACACUGUUUCAAUCACCACGGAUCAAGAUUUGUCUGAUGCCGUAAGUCUCGCGCGUUUGUCGCGUCGGGACAAGGUCGAUUUGUUUGUGCACGAUCCUAGCCAGCCUCCAAUCCCCGCUACGCUAGAUCCUCAACCGGCUCCGACCCGUCCUGUUGAGGAGAAGAGCAUGAUCUCUGAAGAGCGGAUAGAGGAGGAAGUGCUAGUGGCCAAGCCUCCUCGGGCUCAAUCGUUCCCUGCCCACCAUGCUGAGGAGCAAUUCAUUGCCGGAGUACCCAAUGAGCUGCUGCUGCCUGGAGCGAUUGUGACCUUGGCUGCGGUUAUUGCGGGUGUGUUCAUCCUAGGCCGGGCCACCUCUCGUUAAAUACCCAAGAUCUUGUUGCGUACGAAGAUAGUAAGCUAUUUGUAAUUAUGUCUCUUCACUUUUCCGUCCGUCUCAUGUUUGUUCUAGCCUAUCCCGUAUCAGUGUAACUUUAUUGGCGAUCAUUCUAAUGCUCUCUUUCUCUUCUGCUCUCUUCUGCUCUCUGUUUGUGCUUGUUAAGUACGAUAGCACCGUGAUCGAUAGAGCGGUGUUAUGUGUGGAUGAAAUAGUAUUAACUUAGUAUUCCUUGUUGACCUCAUUUUGUUGUUGUGCUGGUCUCUGGGGCUGAGGCAGAUCAAUGGCUGGGGAAAUUGAACUAAGUACUCCGUACUCCGUACAGAGUAGUUAGUAAGUUACUACUACUAGCCUCGCACCGCACUAGGACUAGUAGCUCCUCCGAUGAUAUGCUGUCUUGUACCUUCUCUGUAUGGUUUUACCU